GCGACUGUUUUGAAAUAACAGUAGUUACAGGCAGCUCAUUUGUGCAUGACAGGUCACGCCGCUGGUGUGGAAUAUGUGAAGCCGUCGCUGGCUUCUUACCGCCUGUCGUUAGCUUCAAUUUUAUAACCUAAAAAUAGUAAAUAUAAGUGCACGAAACUCCAUGCGCUGCCCCGAAUAUAUAUAUAACAUGGUCUGAUCCGAACAGGUGAGGCAAGUGGAGGAUAUGGAUCGAUGAAAGGUUUUAUCCAAAGAGGGGACACUAUUCUUGCUGAGGUCGACACAGCCACGAUGCACCCUUGAGAACUUCUUGAUCGCAUGGGCUUCAUACUGUGUUGACCCAAUGGUUUAAUCACCAGGACCAAAAAUGAGCAUAAGCAGUGAUGAGGUCAAUUUCCUGGUUUACAGAUACCUUCAAGAGUCAGGCUUCUCCCACUCAGCGUUCACCUUUGGCAUAGAGAGUCACAUUAGCCAGUCCAACAUCAAUGGAGCCCUAGUGCCCCCUGCUGCCCUGAUCUCUAUCAUCCAGAAAGGUCUGCAGUAUGUGGAGGCAGAAGUCAGCAUCAAUGAGGAUGGAACCUUAUUCGACGGCCGGCCCAUCGAGUCCCUAUCUCUGAUCGAUGCUGUGAUGCCGGAUGUUGUCCAGACCAGACAGCAGGCCUACAGAGACAAAAUGGCUCAGCAGCAGCAGCAGGCGGCGGGCAGCGGCAGCAGCAGCAGCACAGGGGCACAGGGGAGCGCCAAGAACGGAGAGGGCACUGCUAAUGGGGAGGAAAACGGAGCCCACGCUUUAGCCAAUCACCAUUCGGACAUGAUGGAGGUGGAUAGAGAUGUGGAGAUCCCUCAGAGUAAAGCCAUGGUCCUCAGAGGCCAUGAGUCGGAAGUUUUUAUCUGUGCCUGGAACCCUGUGAAUGACCUCCUGGCCUCUGGGUCGGGGGACUCAACAGCGCGGAUCUGGAAUUUGAGUGAGAACAGCACAAGUGGAUCCACCCAACUGGUUUUAAGGCACUGCAUACGGGAAGGGGGCCAAGACGUACCCAGCAACAAAGACGUCACCUCACUAGACUGGAAUAGUGAUGGAACUUUGCUCGCCACGGGCUCAUAUGAUGGCUUUGCCAGAAUAUGGACGGAUGCAGGUAACCUGGCAAUUACUUUAGGUCAACAUAAAGGCCCGAUAUUUGCUCUCAAAUGGAAUAAGAAAGGCAACUUCAUCCUCAGCGCUGGAGUAGACAAGACAACAAUUAUCUGGGAUGCAAACACUGGAGAGGCAAAGCAACAGUUUCCGUUCCACUCAGCACCUGCUCUAGACGUAGACUGGCAGAGCAACAACGCGUUCGCCUCUUGCAGCACCGACAUGUGUAUCCAUGUUUGUAAGCUGGGGCAGGACAGACCUGUCAAGACCUUCCAGGGACACACGAAUGAAGUCAAUGCCAUCAAGUGGGAUCCCACAGGCAGUUUACUGGCCUCCUGCUCCGAUGACAUGACCCUCAAGAUCUGGAGUAUAAAACAGGACAACUGUGUUCAUGACCUUCAGGCUCACAAUAAGGAAAUCUACACAAUCAAGUGGAGCCCAACCGGCCCGGGGACCAACAACCCAAAUGCCAACCUCAUGUUGGCCAGUGCAUCAUUUGACUCAACAGUACGUCUAUGGGACGUCGAACGCGGGGUGUGUAUUCACACACUGACCCGCCACCAGGAGCCCGUCUACAGCGUGGCCUUCAGCCCAGACGGCCGCCACCUCGCCAGUGGUUCUUUUGACAAAUGCGUCCACAUCUGGAACACUCAGACAGGUGCUUUAGUUAACAGCUACAGGGGGACGGGUGGGAUUUUCGAGGUGUGCUGGAACGCCACAGGGGACAAAGUAGGAGCCAGUGCGUCUGACGGAUCGGUGAGUUGUGCCGCCGCCGCCGCCUCGACAUCACUUUGCAAUUAAAAUGAUCUUUUUACAACACUCAGACAGUCAUAGACAUCACCAGAAGAUCUUCUAAAUUUUGCAUGUGGUGAAAACAGA